AUGCAGCUUCCUCUCUUCAUCAAGGUGCUUCCUCUCUUGAUCAAGAUGCUUCCUCUCUUCAUCAAGAUGCUUCCUCUCUUCAACAAAGUGAUUCCUCUCUUCUUCAAAGUACUUCCUCUCUUGAUAAAGAUGCUUCCUCACUCCAACAUGCAGCUUCCUCUCUUGAUCAAGAUGCUUCCUCUCUUGAUCAAGAUGCUUCCUCUCUUGAUCAAGAUGCUUCCUCUCUUGAUCAAGGUGCUUCCUCUCUUCAUCAAAGUGCUUCCUCUCUUCAACAAAGUGCUUCCUCUCUUCUUCAAAGUACUUCCUCUCUUGAUCAAGGUGCUUCCUCUCUUCAACAAAGUACUUCCUCUCUUGAUCAAGAUGCAGCUUCCUCUCUUCAACAAAGUGCUUCCUCUCUUCAUCAAGAUGCUUCCUCUCUUGAUCAAGGUGCUUCCUAUCUUCAUCAAGAUGCUUCCUCUCUUCUUCAAAGUACUUCCUCUCUAA